UUGAACACUACAUUCUCCUUCUUAACAAUACACAACAACGUAUUGUUAUCAUACCAUACUGUUACCGGUUGGAUUUUUCCUAAUGACUACGGAGAAGCAGAGAGUGAGAGAGUUCAGUAGGUCUUCAAUGCUAUAUGUACCUAAUCGCGUGACCACCGUGAUCAGAGUGCCGGCAAUCGUAAAUACUUACACUACUUCUUAAACUCGUACAAAUAUAACAUAACACAAGCCACGACAGUCAACAGAUAACCAUUAGGCACCUUGAACUAUCGGCCCAACCUGUGCUCUGUUGUACUCGAGACUCCAACGUACGCGUUUGUUCGUUUAUAAAAAAAAAAAAAAACUAAUAUUUUAUCAAUAGUUAUUUUCCAAAAGAGAAAACUUAACGAAAAUGAACGGGUUCGCGUUGAAAACGAUCGCUGUCACGGCACUCGUAUGCUUUUUGGCCGACUGGAGUCGUGCUGAGUCUGGGCAAGAUCAUAACAGCGGUGUAUCAAUGUCGGACAAAGUAGCCAGUUUUGUGAGCAACAUUAAGACAGGUGCUUCAGAGGCAUACCACAGCAUGCAAAACAAUAUGAAGCCUGUUCAAGAGAUAGAUGCUAAGAAAAAAAUGGAACAAUCUCUAUCGAGUGCCCAAAGCUUCUUUUCGGAUACUUUUUCUAAAUUCAAGAGCGUCUUUAGUUCUAAGCCGCGUCAACAAUCAAAUGCGAGAAACGAAGAAUUGGAACAAGCUAUAAAAGCAUUUGAUGACUAUGCCCAAAACACCAACCCUAAACACUAAAUUUAAAUUUAAAAAAAUGUUAUGCUUAAUUAUUAUCCACAUUUUUAUACUACAAUUUUGAUAUAUAUUUUACAUUAACAGUUUUGUUCUAAUAGAAAUAAUAAGGUUUUUAAACUAUAAAAUAAAUUUUUAAUAUUAUUGAUGUAUAAAUUAGAAUUUCAAUAUUUUUAAGGAUAUUAAAAUAGUAUAGAAUAGUAAAAUAUAAAAUAAAUUGUACAUAUUUAUGCACUUCGAACAUAGUAUACACUAUACAUUCUUAUUUAUAAAAACAUUGUAAACUAUACCUUGUUUUUACAUAUUUUUAAUAUAUUGAUGUAAACUAACUAUAUCCUAAAUCCAUAAAGUUUGUUAUAACUUAUAAAUUAUAUUUUGUUAUUAGUAAUGAAUUUUAUACUUUCAACAAGUGAAGUUAAACUUUAUGAUAAUUAUCUCAUCUUAAAAAUUUUAGAUUUAGAGUAAUUACUCUAUUGGUUAUUAUCAAAAUUAAAUCAAGUGUUUCCAAAUAAAAAUUGUAUACGUAUAGGCUCUUACUUAAAACUAAAAAGGUUUGCACAAUAGUGGUACAAAGGUAUCAGUUUUUUUUAUAAAUUAAUAUUUAUCUAUAUUUAAGGUCAAAGAUGCAUGCGUGAUUGACGUACCAAAUGCGUGAUAAAAAAACAAUAAUGGAAAAAAACUAUAUUAAUAAAAACAAGAAAUAUUUUUAUUGAAAGCUUGUUAGUCAUUAAUACGAUUAUUUACUACUAAACACACAAACUUAAUGCCCAAACAAUUUUCCUUCGUCUUAAACAGUUCAGUAAUUACACAAGUUUUAUUUUAUCUGAAGAUAGUAAAUUUGUACUAGCUGAAUUAACGACAUUUAAAUAUUAUAAUUUAUUAUUUUUAGCGAAUUAUUCAAAUUAAAACAACAACACAAAGAUAAUGAUAUAAAUAAAUGUCAAACGACUUUUGUAUUAGUUAAUAUCAUAUCCCCCCCCCUUAUAUUUUGCGUUAAUUCACAAAUAGAUUUCUGAUACCAUAACUUUUAAGUUUGAACCUAAGCCUUGGUCCUACAAGGACCAUUAAGUUUUUCGCUGUAUGAAUACUUUUUUAAUUUAGGAAAAUAUUAGUGUAACAACUAGGUUAUAAUGUCUCAUUCGACAGUCAAAUAGGUAUAAGACAAAAAUAAACCACAACUUGGUCGUUUAGAAUAGUCACAUACCUACUUAAAGUAUUACGAAAUUUAGAUGGAAAACUGUACAAAAUAACUAUUACUUAUAUUUUACUACUUAUUUAAGUGAUGGACGAAGACAUUCAUUUCACUAAAACAUUAUUUUUUAUUUAUGUAUAGUCGAUCAAAGCUGAUGUUGUGUUGGAUGGUUCAAUUACCACCGAAGAACCGUCGAAAUCAUUCAAGGA